CGCUAACCUACUUCCGUGACUCAUGGAGAGGAGGGGCUUGGAGGGGUCCACACGAAAAACGAAACCGAGACAUUAAGAAAGGGUUAAAGUACUGUUCCUAAAAGGUAUCGCACAACGAAGCAGAUCGUCCCAAUUAAGAACAAAUAAUGGCAGAGACAAAGGACUCAAAAGAAGAUAUUAAGUCUGGAGGAGAUGUUGUAGAUGCUAAUCCUGUUAUCCUGAAAGAAACCAUUCAGCAGCCCCAAGAUGAAGACAUGCAGAUAGAUGCCAAGCCAGACAAUGCACAUCCCUACAGAUAUAACAUGAACUAUCCAAGCAUCGGCCAGUGUAUUAUAAUUAACAACAAGAACUUUGAUAAAAAGACAGAAAUGAAUAUUCGAAAUGGAACAGAUGUGGAUGCAGAAAAUCUCUCCAAAUACUUCAAAAUGCAGGGUUAUAAAGUAAAGGUUUUCAAAGACCUGACCUGCAGGCAGAUUGAGCAAAGUUUACAAUCGAUUGCCCAGGAAGACCACAGCAAAGAGGCCUCUUUUGUGUGUGUGUUGCUGAGCCACGGAGAUGAAGGGGUGCUCUACGGAACGGACGAUUUUAUCGAAAUUAAAAAACUGACCAGCUUUUUCAAGGGAGUCCGCUGCAAGACAUUGGUUGGCAAGCCAAAAUUGUUUUUCAUACAGGCUUGUAGAGGGACAGAGCUAGAUGGAGGUAUUGAAGCAGACAGUAUUGGAAGUGACAGCUCUCCCCAGAGGAUCCCUGUGGAGGCUGAUUUCUUGUACGCGUACUCCACUGCUCCAGGCUACUAUUCCUGGAGGAACAGUGUGACUGGCUCCUGGUUCAUCCAGUCCCUGUGUGAUAUGCUCAGCAAGUACGGCAGGGAGCUGGAGCUCAUGCAAAUCCUUACACGGGUCAACCACAAGGUGGCACUGGAGUUUGAGUCCUCCUCCUACAUUGCAGGCUUCAAUGACAAAAAGCAGAUUCCGUGCAUCGUCUCUAUGUUAACCAAAGAGAUGUAUUUCUCACAUUAAUUAAUUUUUUUUUUUUUAUAAUCUGCUUUUUGUGGUUUUGAAUAGCUUGUAUAAAAAUUAAACAUGCAGAGUUUCUUUUUUUUGUAUCAAGAACAUGUCAAAACCUGCUGAAGGCAACAAAGAAUACAUUAACUGGGAACAAUAACUAUCGAUACCAACAGGUUCUCACUACUGUGAAAAUACAAAUUUUAACCACUGACUAGUUAAGGGAUGCAAAUUGUUAAACGGAUAUUAAAAGUAGGGGUUAUAAUUGAUUAAUGAUUAAUCACACCUGUGGGCUUUGACUGAUGACCUUGUCUACCUGAGUGUGGUACUGUAUCACAAAAAUGUGAAGGGUACAUCCAAAAAGUUUAUUUACUACAGUUGUAUGGUAAUAAGUAUGUGCAGUAAACAGCAUUAUGUUAAUACUUUGUAUUACUUGUAAUUGUCUUUCUAUACAAUUUCAUAUCACUAGCAGACAGGUGUGAUUAAUCGAUCAUAGAUUGGAUGAUGACUCGAGCAAUAGAAAACGUCAAGAUCAAAACCCUUAAUAUAAAAGUUAAUUUAUUGAACAAAAAAUCAAUAUGUGAAAUGCAGGGCUCUCUUUAUAACAGUCAGGGCUCUGCUGGCACUCGUGCUAGUUAUUGCCUUUAAGAAGCAUUUAUCGGCAGGCAUUAAAUAAGUCCAUUCACUAAUGUGUUGAUUUCAAAACAACAAACCAGGAACGUUGACAUUUUUACUGCCUUUCUGAGGCUUAAACGGACAUGGAAUUAUUUAAUCCCUCCUGGUAAAUACUUCUUAAAGGCAAUUACAAGUGUUAGUAUCAGCAGACCCCUAAUAACAGUGCAUGUUUAUUUUAUUUUUUAUGGAGAGCAAUUGUAUGUAUUGUAGUUUUACUGUAUGUCGGGUGCACUUCAAGUCUUACCUGUAUUAAAGGGAUACUUAAUUACACCUCA